AUGCUUGGAAACCGUUAUCGGAAAUGUACACCCGACGGUUGGGAUGGUGAAGUUCCAUCUUGUGAACCAAUAAACUGUGGUAACCCUGGCAAAAUUCUGAAUGGAUAUUAUACAGCCUCAAAUGACACAGUUGGAAAUAAAGUGACCUUUUAUUGUGACGUUGGAUACAAGAUGGUGGGCAGAGAUUAUCGACAAUGUACAGCUGAGGGAUGGCUUGGGGAUGUUCCAUCCUGUGAACCAAUAAACUGUGGUAACCCUGGUACAAUUCUGCACGGAUAUUAUAAAGCACCAAAUUGGACAGUUGGUAGUAAUGUUACCUUUUAUUGUGAUAUUGGUUACAAAAUUAUUGGCAGAGAAUAUCGACAAUGUACAGCUGAGGGUUGGGAUGGCGAGGUUCCAUCAUGUGAACCAAUAACCUGUGGUGACCCUGGAGAGAUUCUGAACGGGCAUUAUGAGUUUCUAAAUGAGACAGUUGCAAAUAAAGUUAUUUUUUAUUGUGACUUUGGAUUCAAGUUGGUGGGUAGAUCUUAUCGACAAUGUACAGCUGAAGGGUGGGAUGAUGACGUCCCAUUCUGUGAACCGAUAAACUGUGGAAAUCCUGGUUCAAUUCUGAAUGGAUAUUAUAAAGCAUCAAAAUGGACAGUUGGAAGUAAUGUUACCUUUUAUUGUGACAUUGGAUACAAAAUUAUCGGCAGAGAUUAUCAACAAUGUACAGCUGAUGGUUGGGAUGGUGAGCUUCCAUCCUGUGAACCAAUAACCUGUGGUAGCCCUGGAGAGAUUCUGAAUGGACGUUAUACGACUCCAAAUGAGACAGUUGGAAAUAAAGUGUUUUUUUAUUGUGACUUUGGAUACAAGAUGAUGGGUAGAGCUUAUCGACAAUGUACAGCUGAGGGUUGGGAUGGUGAUGUCCCAUCCUGUGAACAAAUAAACUGUGGAAACCCUGGUUCAAUUCCAAAUGGAUAUUAUAAAUCAUCAAAAUGGACAGUCGGAAGUAAUGUUACCUUUUAUUGUGACAUUGGAUACAAAAUUAUUGGCAGAGAUUAUCGACAGUGUACAUCUGAUGGUUGGGAUGGGGAGGUUCCAUCCUGUGAACCAAUAAGCUGUGGUAACCCUGGGGAGAUUCUGAAUGGAGAUUAUAAGAUAUCAAAUGAGACAGUUGGAAAUAAAGUGAUUUUUUAUUGUGCCUUUGGGUACAAGAUAGUGGGUAGAGCUUAUCGGCAGUGUACAGCUGAGGGUUGGGAUGGUGAUGUCCCAUCCUGUGAACCAAUAACCUGUGGUAACCCUGGCGAGAUAUUGAAUGGAUAUUAUAAUGCAUCAAAUAAGAUAGUUGGAAGCAAAGUUACUUUUUACUGUGAUGUUGGAUACACAAUGCUGGGCAACAGUCAUCGGAAAUGUACAACUGAGGGUUGGGAUGGUGAAGUUCCAUCCUGUGAACCAAUAAACUGUGGUAACCCUGGUGAAAUUCUGAAUGGAUAUUACACAGCAUCAAAUGACACACUUGGAAAUAAAGUGACCUUUUAUUGUGAUGUUGGAUACAAGAUGGUGGGCAGAGAUUAUCGACAAUGUACAGCUGAGGGAUGGCUUGGGGAUGUUCCAUCCUGUGAACCAAUAAACUGUGGCAACCCUGGUUCAAUUCCGAAUGGAUAUUAUAAAGCACCAAAUUGGACAGUUGGAAGUAAUGUUACCUUUUAUUGUGACAUUGGGUACAAAAUCAUUGGCAGAGAAUAUCGACAAUGUACAGCUGAGGGUUGGGAUGGCGAGGUUCCAUCAUGUGAACCAAUAACCUGUGGUCACCCUGGACAUAUUCUGAAUGGGCAUUAUGAGUCUCUAAAUGAGACAGAUGCAAAUAAAGUUAUUUUUUAUUGUGACUUUGGAUACAAGAUGGUGGGUAGAGCUUAUCAACAAUGUACAGCUGGGGGAUGGGAUGGUGAUGUCCCAUCCUGUGAACCAAUUGACUGUGGAAAUCCUGGUUCAAUUCUGAAUGGAUAUUAUAAAGCAUCAAAAUGGACAGUUGGAAAUAAUGUUACCUUUUAUUGUGACAUUGGAUACAAAAUUAUCGGCAGAGAUUAUCAACAAUGUACAGUUGACGGCUGGGAUGGCGAGGUUCCAUCCUGUGAACAAAUGACCUGUGGUAACCCUGGGGAGAUUCUGAAUGGACAUUAUACGACUUCACAUGAGACAGUUGGAAAUAAAGUGUUUUUUUAUUGUGACUUUGGAUACAAGAUAGUGGGUAGAGAUUAUCGACAAUGUACAGCUGAGGGUUGGGAUGGUGAUGUCCCAUCCUGUGAACCAAUAACCUGUGGUAACCCUGGCGAGAUAUUGAAUGGAUAUUAUAAUGCACCAAAUAAGACAGUUGGAAGCAGAGUUACUUUUUAUUGUGAUGUUGGAUACAGAAUGUUGGGUCAUCAUUAUCGGAAAUGUACACCUGAGGGUUGGGAUGGUGAAGUUCCAUCCUGUGAAUCAAUAAACUGUGGUAACCCUGGUGAAAUUCUGAAUGGAUAUUACACAGCAUCAAAUGACACACUUGGAAAUAAAGUGACCUUUUAUUGUGAUGUUGGAUACGAGAUGGUGGGAAGAGAUUAUCGACAAUGUACAGCUGAGGGAUGGCUUGGGGAUGUUCCAUCUUGUGAACCAAUUAACUGUGGUAACCCUGGUUCACUUCUGAAUGGAUAUUAUAAAGCAUCAAAUUGGACAGUUGGAAGUAAUGUUACCUUCUAUUGUGACAUUGGGUACAAAAUUAUUGGCAGAGAUUAUCGACAAUGCACAGCUGAGGGUUGGGAUGGUGAGAUUCCAUCGUGUGAACCAAUAUCCUGUGGUCACCCUGGAGAGAUUCCGAAUGGGCAUUAUAAGGCAUCAAAUGAGAUACUCGGAAAUAAAGUUACUUUUUAUUGUGACUUUGGAUACAAGAUAGUGGGUAGAGAUUAUCGGCAAUGUACAGCUGAGGGGUGGGAUGGUGAUGUCCCAUCCUGUGAACCAAUAAACUGUGGAAACCCUGGUUCAAUUCUGAAUGGAUAUUUUAAAGCAUCAAAAUGGACAGUUGGAAGUAAUGUUACCUUUUAUUGUGACAUUGGUUACAAAAUUAUCGGCAGAGAUUAUCGACAGUGUACAGCUGAUGGUUGGGAUGGGGAGGUUCCAUCCUGUGAAGCAAUAAGCUGUGGUAACCCGGGGGAGAUUCUGAAUGGACGUUAUAUGACACCAAAUGAGACAGUUGAAAAUAAAGUGUUUUUUUAUUGUGACUUUGAAUACAAGAUAGUGGGUAGAGAUUAUCGACAAUGUACAGCUGAGGGUUGGGAUGGUGAUGUGCCAUCCUGUGAACCAAUAACCUGUGGUAACCCUGGCACAAUAUUGAAUGGAUAUUAUAAUGCACCAAAUAAGACAGUUGGAAAUAAAGCUACUUUUUAUUGUGAUAUUGGAUACACAAUGCUGGGUAAGGAUUAUCGGAAAUGUACACCCGAGGGUUGGGAUGGUGAGGUACCAUCCUGUGAAUCAAUAAACUGUGGUGACCCUGGCAAGAUUCCGAAUGGAUAUUAUAUGGUGCCAAAUGAUACAGUUGAAAAUAAAGUAACAUUUUAUUGCGAUGUUGGAUACAAAAUGGUGGGUAGAGAUUAUCGACAAUGUACAGCUGAGGGAUGGGUUGGCGAUGUUCCAUCCUGUGAACCAAUAAACUGUGGUCACCCUGGUUCACUUCCGAAUGGAUAUUAUAAAGCACCAAAUUGGGCAGUUGGAAGUAAUGUUACCUUUUAUUGUGAUAUUGGAUACAAAAUUAUCGGCAGAGAUUAUCGACAAUGUACAGCUGAUGGUUGGGAUGGCAAGGUUCCAUUCUGCGAACCAAUAACUUGUGGUAAACCUGGGAAAAUUCUGAAUGGACAUUAUAAGGCUGCAAAUGAGACACUUGGAAAUAAAAUUAUCUUUUAUUGCAACUUUGGGUACAAGAUGGUGGGUAGGGCUUAUCGACAAUGUACAGCUGAGGGAUGGGAUGGUGAUGUUCCAACUUGUGAACCAAUAACAUGUGGCAACCCUGGAGAGAUUCUGAAUGGAUAUUACAGUGCUCCAAAUAAAACAUUUGGAAAUACAGUUACUUUUUAUUGUGACAUUGGAUACUCAAUGUUGGGUAGAGAUUAUCGGCAAUGUACAACUGAGGGUUGGGAUGGCGAGGUUCCAUCUUGCGAACCAAUAAACUGUGGUAACCCUGGAGAGAUUCUGAAUGGAUAUUAUAAGUUACCAAACAGCACAAUCGGAAAUAAAGUGAUCUUUUACUGUGAUGUUGGAUACAAAAUGGUGGGUAGAGAUUAUCGACAAUGUACAACUAAGGGAUGGGAUGGUGAUGUUCCAUCUUGUGAACCAAUAAACUGUGGAAACCCUGGUUCAAUUCUGAAUGGAUAUUAUAAAGCAUCAAAAUGGACAGUUGGAAGUAAUGUUACCUUUUAUUGUGACAUUGGAUACAAAAUUAUCGGUAGAAAUUAUCUGCAAUGUACAGCUGACGGUUGGGAAGGCCAGGUUCCAUCCUGUGAACCAAUAACCUGUGGUAACCCUGGGGAGAUUCUGAAUGGACAUUAUACGACACCAAAUGAGACGGUUGGAAAUAAAAUGUUCUUUUAUUGUGACUUUGGAUACAAGAUAGCGGGUAGAGGUUAUCGGCAAUGUACAGCUGAGGGUUGGGAUGGUGAUGUCCCAUCCUGUGAACCAAUAACCUGUGGUUACCCUGGUGAGAUUCUAAAUGGAUAUUAUAAUGCACCAAAUAAAACAGUUGGAAAUAAUGUUACUUUUUAUUGUGACAUUGGGUAUGCAAUGCUGGGUCGUGAUUAUCGGAAAUGUACACCUGAGGGUUGGGAUGGUGAGGUUCCAUCCUGUGAAUCAAUUAACUGUGGUAAUCCUGGCAACAUUCUGAAUGGAUAUUAUAUGGCACCAAAUGUCACAGCUGGAAAUAAAGUUACCUUUUAUUGUAACGCUGGAUACAAGCUGGUAGGUAGAGACUAUCGGCAAUGUACAGCUGAGGGAUGGGAUGGUGAUGUUCCAUCCUGUGAACCACAAAGUGCACUUGUAGGAAUGACUACCGGAAUUAACAUGGGUGUUGUUGCUGUCCUUGGCUUCAUUUUUUGUGUUGUGUGCUAUUAUCGAAAACGAUUAUCAUCAAACAAAGGGGAAUAUUACCUUGCCAGCAGUGUUCCCAUGAGCUCACCCGAUAACCAAAUGUCUCAUUCUGAAUCCUGUAAUCGUCCAGUAUAAUUGUUGACGAUUUCAAAUUAUAAAAGAUGGAUGUGUGUGUGUUUUCAACGUCCUGAAGAUAUGAGAAAUGGCAGACUUUAUAUAUGUUACCAAUACAAAAGCAAAAUACUGUGGAUGCUGGAGAUUUGAAAUAAAAAGCGUGCUGGAGAAACUCAGCAAGUCUGGAACGUGUGGCAAGAGAACCAGAAAGCGUUGUUUUUAAAAAAACUGUAUAUGUCAUUCCAGAUUUUAAAAUAAAUUUGUAAAACUUGUUUACAGAAUCUCUUUUUUUUUGUUUGUAUUUUAAUAUUAUUUUCUGUUGGUUCAGGCAGUUUCUUUUCACUUUAACAAUUAGCAUAUAUUUUGGGCAUCCACAUGCUCUAAGCAGUCUUUGAAUUUCAUUUGUGAUAACCCACUAUUUAAAUAUCUGAUAUUUUUCAACAGUAAAUAUAAUGGAAGCACUUACAUAUCCUAUUGGCUGACUCAUUUUUCAAAACCUGAAGUCCUAUCAUGUUUCCAUGGUAACAAUGCAUCAAACUGGUGCUACUGGGCUCAGUAAAAUGGCAUGUCUUCUUUUAUAAAACAAUAAGUACAAAUUAUUUGAGACGGUUGUUUUAUCAGCUGAUAAGAAACCCAUUCUACCUUUCUUAGGGAAGGCCCACUAAAUCACACAUGAAUCAGGUAAUGGCAAAGCUAAAGUAACUAUCGCAGCUCCAAGUGAAUCUUUAAGACACAACUUUACAUUAAUUCAAUUUAAAAGUUUUAAUUAUCAGGGCUAUCAUCUCAGCAGAUCAUGCCUAGUUGCGAAAGCAAUAUAUAUGCUGGCAGAAUAUGGAUAUUAAUCUGUGCUAAUACAAUAAGAAUUUCCAGACAUUUUUGUAAAAUUCUUUCAUAUCAUAUUAAUGCCACUGGCAAUGCCAUAGAUUGCCCAUCUUGAAGUGUCAUUGAGGUAAUACAAUUUCUAUCACCUCAAAUGCUUCCAUGCUUUUAUCUUGCAAUAAAACUGAAUAGACAUUAAUGGUUUUAUUAUGGUAAUGAAGUAUGGAGAUAAUGCUUUUUUGACAUCUGCACCUAAAUGCCAAAUCACUAUGUAUUUCCGUAUCAUUCAACCUUCCUCAAUUCAAGGUAUAAGACAGUCUUGAAAAUGUCUACGGGGAUAGUAGGAACUGCAGAUGCUGGAGAAUCC